UGAAACGUGACGUAAUUAUUUAUCAACGUGGUUGUGCUUGUUUCAUGGUUAACCAUCUUUUAAGGAUAUAGAAAUGAUCGACAUGGAGCCUGCGAGUUUGGAGAACUUGUGUAUCUUGUAUCACAGUGCAGAUUACAUUGUUGUCAAUAAGCACUGGGACAUACGUAUCGACAGCAAAAUGUGGUAUGAAAAGCAGACCGUCCAGAGUCAGCUGAAUCAUCACUUUCCAAGUCUGGUCGACCCUGGGACAUACUAUGGUUUCAGAUUCUGCCACCAGUUGGAUUUCUCCACUAGUGGUGCUCUUUGUGUAGCCCUUAAUAAAGCAGCUGCAGGGAAUGCCUACAGAUGUUUCAAAGACCGGCUUGUAACAAAGGCAUAUCUGGCACUGCUCCGAGGGACAGUUGAGAAAGAAACAAUGACGCUGAACUUUGCUAUUGGCAAAAACACUGAAGAGGGCAAGACUCAUAUGAUGUGUAUUGAUGGCACUGAAGGUUGUGAGAAUCCUAAGCCCAGUCAAACAGAGCUCAAAGUCCUUGAAUAUGGAACAUAUGAUGGUGAGCCAGUCACCAAAGUGCUACUGCAGCCUCUAACAGGACGCACCCACCAACUGAGAGUACACUGUAGCGCUGUUGGCCACCCCAUUGUUGGCGACUACACCUACAGCUUGGGCAAAGACAACAGCCCCUACCGUAUGAUGCUGCAUGCCUACCUCUUGCGUAUCCCCUUGCCAAAGGAGCCCAUCCAUGUGACUGCCCCAGACCCCUUCCUGCCAGUCAGAGACACCAAAUGGGCUCCAGAGAGACUCGUGAAGACACUAGAGGGUGCACUGGGGGGCCUGCUAGACUGCUGCAAGGAGGAGGAGAGCCGACCCACUGAUGAAACAUUACAAGUGGAGGAGAAGAGAAGAACCACGGAGGAGACAGAGGAGCAGAGGGCCCUGUGUCAACAGUGGCUAAGUGAGUGGUCUUUGGACUGACACUCCUACAAGUUACCUGUGCUUUCCCUCCCAGGUUCUUUAGCUGUUAGCACUCCUGUUAGCCUAGCAGUGUUUAUGUGCCCUAUACUAGCAGAGACAAUGUUCUCCAAACACACUGUGAUGUAAAGUGCCAAAUAGGUUCAGUAGGAGUAAUUUAAUUGAUUAAUGGACCACAACUCACUGUAUUACCUCAUGAUGGACAUUAAGGCCAGAGCUUUUCAUACUUGGAUGUUGCAUAUUAAAUUUUCACAAACCAAUUAGUUUAAAUGACUUCACAUCGUCCAAAAGACAUUUAAGCUACAGAUGAUUGAACUAGAGAGAGCAUCUUAUAAGUGACCUAUGGUUGUCAGUUACUAAUGUAGAACCACAACAGGGUCCUUGCACCUUCCUUGCUCUCACCAUUGUGUGUCGUGUUGCUGCUGAUCACAGUGUGUACCAGCUAAAUGUUAACUCUUUAACACACACACAGACAUAGGAACCACAAAGUAUGCCAUGUGUACUACUAGAUAUUGCGAAGAAAACUUUGUAUGAAUGAGCUGUGAUAUGAGCUUACUGCUCUUAUGUACGGUUUGUACUUUUACUGUAUGUAUUUUAAUCAUAUGUUAUGCACUUUUUAUCUGGAAAGGAUAUGUAGUUUGUUUUAUGAACAUGUACAGUUUUUUUUAUUUGUUUUGAUGUUAAUUUGUACACAACUGGCAUGCAGAUGUAGCAAAUCAGCAGAAAGUUUACGUAUUUUUAAAAGUCAUUUCUGGAAUCUGCUGCUAUCUAAAAUGUGCUGAUGCUUUGGCUGCAUGACCUAUUGCAUAAGAUAAGAUCACUGUAGUCUAUCUUGUGUUCAUGUGGCUUCCAUUAAGAACCAAGAGGUAGCCUUAGCCCUGGGCUCAGUGAAACAAAAGAUGCAUUCAGAAUGGUUGUAUGUGUGCCAUUAUGAUGUUUUGAUGGCUAUAAAUUAAUGUAGAAUACUGGUGACAGUAUUUACUUAACCUGUACUUUAACAUGCACUAGACUUCUCUCAAAAAUAUUGAAUGAAACACAACACUAACAAAGCUGAGACAAUAAAAAAAAAUGCAUUUAUUAGCAA